UGUAGUAACAGAUACGCGCGGAGCUUAUUGAUAAACAACAUAAAGGUGAUAUCUUUCUUUGUCAAAGUAUCGUGUAAAUCUGUUAACUAAGUCCAAUACAUCAUCAUCAUCUGUAGUGGAACUACAUUAACCACAAUCCUUCACUUGAAUGUCGAAAACUCGAAGAGGUCAAAACAAAACCGGCAAGUGAAAGAGAGACUACAGGCGUGGAGACGUUGAUAAGUGUCUCUGAUGGCUGGCCGGCUCCUCAAAGUCUCCUCUUUGGCAACAGCAGUGUUUGCCUCCUCUGGGUUUUACCUCUACAACAAACAACUUGACCUCAAUGACCUGAGUAUCAUCCGCUUUGGACGAGCUGCAGUCACUACAGCGGCCAUCAGCUACGACUAUCUGACUGCUUUCAAACAUGUGGAAUAUGACACAGAGGAAUACUGGCUCCUGAAGUCCAAGGUGCAUCAGCGUUCAGCUGAGCGUCUUCGAGAUUUAUGCUGUGCCAACCGGGGUACCUUCAUCAAGGUGGGCCAGCACCUCGGUGCUCUGGACUAUCUCCUACCAGAGGAGUACACAUCCACACUGAAAGUGCUCCACAGCCAAGCUCCCCAGAGCAGCAUGGAAGAGAUCCAGAAGGUCAUCAGAGAGGACCUCGGCAAGGAGCUGACAGAGUUAUUUGUCUCCUUUGAGGAGAAGCCUCAGGGUGCCGCAUCCUUAGCCCAGGUCCACAAGGCAGUUAUGCAUGAUGGGAGGACAGUGGCUGUCAAAGUCCAACACCCCAAAGUCCAGAGACAAAGCUCCGAGGACAUAGUAGUGAUGGAGGUGUUGCUGAGGGCAGUCCAUUGGCUGUUCCCAGACUUUGCUUUCAUGUGGUUGGUGGAGGAGGCCAAGAAGAACAUGCCGCUGGAGCUGGACUUCCUUAAUGAAGGACACAAUGCAGAAAAGGUGUCCAGCAUGCUGGCUCACUUCCCCUUUCUCAAGGUUCCCAUGAUCCACUGGGACUUGUCCACUAAGAGGAUCCUGACCAUGGAGUUUGCUGAGGGGGGUCAGGUCAAUGAUGGGGAGUACAUGAAGAAACAUGGCAUUGAUGUCAACAAGAUUUCAGAGAACCUUGGCAAGAUGUACAGUGAAAUGAUCUUCGUCCACGGCUUUGUACACUGUGACCCCCACCCUGGCAACGUGUUGGUUCGAAAGUGUCCCCAAAGCAAGAAGACAGAGAUCGUCCUGCUCGAUCACGGCCUCUAUCAGGUCCUACAACCAGACUUCAGGUUGGACUACUGUCGGUUGUGGCAGGCUCUGAUUAAGGGUGACAUGUCCGGGGUGGAGCGUUACAGCCGCAGUCUGGGAGCUGGAGAUCUCUACCCACUUUUCGCCUGUGUGCUCACUGCUCGCUCCUGGACCGCUGUCAAUGCUGGCAUCAGUUCUGUGCCUGUCACACACUCUGAGGAUGUUGAAAUACGGACCAAUGCAGCUCUGUACCUGCCCCAGAUCAGUGACCUUUUGAACCGAGUGCCUCGGCAGAUGCUGCUGUUGCUGAAGACCAAUGACCUGCUGAGGGGCAUUGAGACUGCCUUACAGACCAGAGCCUCCUCCUCCUCCUUCAUCAACAUGUCCCGCUGCUGCAUACGUGCUAUGGCCAGACAUAAGAGGAGUAAGAUUCAGUCCAGGAGGAGGCGUCUGCAGAUCACACUGGCAGAGUCUUUCUUCCUGUGGAAACUCAGCAUGUAUGAAAUGUUUCUGUGGCUGAGGGGCUCUGUGUUAGGACACUGGCUGACUGCUCUGCUGGAAUUUCUGCACUGA